GUUUUACAAUAUUUGUGUAUAUAACCUAUUCGGGGCCAAAAUCCCAUGGGCAUUGCAAGCUCACCCACCCAGCCAUCAUUAGCUUGACCCGGCAAUCAUAGCUUGACCGGCAAUCAUAGCUCUCUCUCUCUGUUUCUCAGCUGCCAAACGGGAUUUCUAACAAAUUCAGCUGUCUGGUGCUUUGAAAUUUUGCUCUAUCAGAAUUUGAAUUGGAAUUGGGGCUUCUCAGCCAAGAAAAAGAAAGGAGGAAGAAGAGAAGGUGAUUUUUUUUCGGUUGAAAUUACGCGCACAAUUGUAAUUGGUAAAAUUAGGGGAAUCCUGUGUGAUUAGUUUGGUUAGCAUUGUAGAAUUCACAUGGGAGUUGAAGCUUGAAUUUUGAAAGUUCUGGUGUAUACUCGUGAUUUUCGCUGCGGGAUUGUGACUGCAAUUCGGUGUCACAAAAAUGUACCGGACUGUGGCUACGGCCGCGACUGCAACCCGGGGUGGAUCUCCAACUGAUAGUGGGGAUUGUGUUGUCACUUUGGAUCAAGUUCCGCGGUGGAGCAAUUCAGAGUAUCGUGCUUCCUUGGAAUAUGGCAAUGAAGAUCCUUCGUUUUCAAAUUCGUAUUUUCCUGAUCCUUUAACUUCCAAAUCUGGGGGAGAGAGCAGUAUCCAUGGGAUGGUCUCAAGAUUUCCAGUUGACCAUGAAAUUAAUUCAAAGACAUAUCUAUGGAGAGGGAACCCAUGGAAUCUCGAAGUUGAUGCAGUAGUGAAUUCUACAAAUGAGAACAUGGAUGAAGCACAUUGUAGUCCUGGUUUGCAUGCUGCGGCUGGACCUGGUCUUGCAGAAGAAUGUGCAGCACUGGGUGGAUGUAGAACAGGGAUGGCAAAGGUCACUAAAGCAUACGACCUUCCAGCUAGGAGAGUUAUCCAUACUGUCGGUCCCAAGUAUGCAGUGAAAUACCAUACUGCUGCAGAAAAUGCUCUAAGCCAUUGUUAUCGUUCUUGCCUUGAACUUCUCAUUGACAAUGGGCUGCAAAGCAUUGCAAUGGGCUGUAUAUAUACAGAAUCUAAGAACUACCCUCGUGAGCCAGCUGCCCAUGUUUCUAUAAGGACUGUGCGACGGUUUAUGGAAAAGCAGAAGGACAAAAUUGCAGCUGUUGUUUUUUGUACUACUACAUCAAUGGAUACAGAGAUAUACAAAAGAUUGCUUCCGCUUUACUUUCCCCGUGAUAAACUCGAAGAGGAGAUUGCUGUGUUGAAGCUUCCUGCAGAUGUAGGUGAUGAAAAUGGCGAGACAAUUAUAGAUGAGCGCAAAAUCAGAAUAAAGCCUUUGCCCAAAAAGAAUAUUCCAAAGCCUCCCCAGGCUCCAGUUGAGCUUCCUGUGAGUGAUGUUGGCUUAGUACGAAGAAAGCUUCUGAAGAAUUCCAUGUUUCAUAUGUCAAUUUUCAUACUUCACAGAUUUCUGUCCACGAACUCAUCAUAUUUGGAUUCGUUUUUGGAUCCUGCCUUCAUGUCCUUAAUAAAAGACCCAGAUCAGAGACGCAAGGAACAGUGGGAGAAAAAUGCUCAAGCACAAAGUGGAUGGAAUUGUGCUAAAAUGCUUGGGUUUGGCGACCUUGGUGGACCUCCAUUGUCUGCUGCAGAAGAAUACUCACUUCAUUCAAGAUACCUUGCUAAAGCAAAUUCUGUUAAUCUUUCAGAAAUUGCAGAAAUGAAAAUUGUUUACCGAGGUGGGGUUGACAGUGAGGGUCGUCCUGUAAUGGUGGUUGUGGGGGCACAUUUUCUUUUGCGAUGUCUUGACCUAGAACGAUUUGUACACUAUGUUGUUAAGGAGUUUGAACCCAUAAUACAAAAGCCUUAUACUAUUGUAUACUUCCAUUCUGCGGCAUCUUUACAGCUCCAGCCAGACAUGGGGUGGAUGAGAAGGGUACAACAGAUACUUGGUCGUAAACACCAACGUAAUCUGCAUGCAAUAUACGUCCUUCACCCAACAUUUGGACUGAAGGCUGCAAUAUUUGCCCUGCAACUGUUCGUGGACAAUGUGGUCUGGAAGAAAGUGGUAUAUGUAGAUAGAUUACUGCAGCUCUUUCGAUAUGUUCCUCGUGAGCAGUUGACCAUCCCCGACUUUGUGUUCCAGCACGAUCUGGAAGUGAACGGUGGGAAGGGUCUCAUCGUGGACCCGAGAACAAAGUACGUGUAUCAUCGACCGUAGCAUUGCGAGUACACGGUUCCAUGAGGCAACGAAGGAGGUCCAUGGCUUGUGAUUUCUUGAUUCUAUUUUCUUUUCCUACAUCUUAUAGGUAGAUGGGAGUUGAAUUUGCCGGUUACUUGUGUAGAAAAAUAUAUCCUUUCUUUUCCUGGAAAGUUGUUUUUGAAGCAAAUAUUGUUUGUAACUAAAGAUGGAAAUUAAUUAUAAAUAUUCUUUCUUGAA